CAUGCUCCAAGCGCGGCGCCCCCGACUCUGCGCUCGGCUCCACUCGGGCAUUUCCGCCUCUUUGUUUUAAACUCCGGACUGGUUUUUUUCUCCUGCUCUUGGGGGGGACCAGGAGGGAGCGGCGCCCCCUCCCCCUCCCGGCGCGGCCCCCGCGUGCGCCCCGCUCGCCCGCAGCGGAGACGGCAGGUGAAUGAACAGACCUAUUUAACUGAGCAGCCAAAGCUCCAGGUCCAGUGGGGCCGGGCUCCGCGUGGACAGCCCGUGUGGGUGACGCCCCGGUCCCGGGUGUCUCCACGGGCUUCAACAUGUAGCGGAGGACGAGGCUGUGCGUACAGAAGCCAAAGAUGUUGACCAGAAAGAUUAAACUCUGGGACAUAAACGCCCACAUCACCUGCCGCCUGUGCAGCGGGUAUCUCAUCGACGCCACCACGGUGACCGAGUGUCUUCACACAUUCUGCCGGAGCUGCCUGGUGAAGUACCUGGAGGAGAACAACACCUGCCCCACCUGCAGGAUCGUCAUCCACCAGAGCCACCCCCUGCAGUACAUCGGUCAUGACAGGACCAUGCAGGAUAUUGUUUACAAACUGGUCCCAGGCCUCCAAGAAGCGGAAAUGAGAAAACAGAGGGAAUUCUACCACAAAUUAGGCCUGGAAGUGCCUGGAGACAUGAAGGGGGAGGCCUGUUCUGCGAAACCACACUUAGAUUCCCAUCGGAGUGAAACCAAAGCAGAUGACAGUUCGAACAAAGAAGCAGCGGAAGAGAAGCCGGAAGAGGACAGCGAUUACCACCGCAGCGACGAGCAGGUGAGCAUCUGCCUGGAAUGCAAUAGCAGCAAACUGCGGGGCUUGAAACGGAAAUGGAUCCGCUGUUCAGCCCAGGCAACGGUCCUGCAUCUAAAGAAGUUCAUCGCCAAAAAACUUAACCUUUCAUCUUUCAAUGAGCUGGACAUUCUAUGCAAUGAGGAGAUCCUGGGCAAGGACCACACACUCAAGUUCGUAGUCGUCACAAGGUGGAGAUUCAAGAAGGCGCCGCUGCUGCUGCACUACAGACCCAAGAUGGACCUCCUGUGAGCCGGGCACGGGGCCAGGCGGGACUGACACGCAGGACGUGGCCCCGGCGCCACGCGGACCAGGCUUCUGAGCAGAGUGUUUAUGACUUUCGUACGAGACCCGCCCUCGACAAGACACUACCAGCACCGGGGCUGCGGGCGCCUGGGUCCGGACUGGAGGGGCUUCCUCCUGCCUCCUUACCUUUGCUUCUUUCCAGGCCUUGAAGAUCGCCGAUACUUUCGUUCAGUUUAUGAAUCAGGUUUCAUGACAAGCCCCCAAAACACUUGUACGUUUAUUGAACCCUUCCUAAGUUAUUGAAAAAAAUGUCUUUUCAUGGUGAAUGACAAUAUUUAUGUUGCCUUUACCUUCCUGAAGACUUGGAAGAUAUAUAAAAAUUUCAUUUAAAAGCGUACCAAAAGAGGUUUCCAUGAAUACAUUAGCCAAGCGACUUCACAGCCCUGGGCGGGGGGGAUGCAGGGGGGCCUGCCUCGCCUCCCGCACAGUCGCCGGAGGUGCUUUGAGCAGCGCGACGCCAGUUUGCAGAACAAAUCUUGUUCGUAAAAACUGCUUCUGUUAAACAGGCACAGGUUGUGUAGUUUCCUGCCUCUUGCUGAAGAGGUGGAUGGUGGCGGCGUGCAGGCCUUUCUGAGUCGGCGCCUCUGGUGGGCAAGGGGCUGGUGCCAAUGGGCAAGUUUGCAGCCGGAGCCCAGAUUUGUGGACCCGGUUCCCACUGUCCACCCUUGGAGGUGGGUGAGGAUGGGGCGGGCAGCGGAAGCUGCUUUCUCAGUUACUUAAUGACCUAAACUCGAGGCAGCACACCCUUUGUUAACCUUUUCUCCUCCCAAAUGUUAAUAUUUUUGUGGAAUUGGAGAAUAAACUCUUUGCCAGCACAUAGAAUUUUGUUCCUUUACAAUUGUAACUUGGCAUGUAAAGGCAGGAACGAGGGGCAGGCCUCUCCUGGGCAGUGGGAGCCCGACCCCGACCCCAUCUGUGAGUCGGCUGGCUUCCUGUGGAACUGUGGGCUCGCCAUCCUCUGUCUCCCCCAGACCCCGGGGUCUGGGCGCCUUUGUUUGGUAGGUGGUCCUGACAGUGUGGGCUGGGUUUUCCGUGAUGAAUUUCACCUUAGUGACUAGACCUCUUCUUGAAUUUGCUUUGGAAGUGGUCAGUUUGUCUGUUUUCUCCCGCUUCCUGUUUCACGUGCACAAGUGCCAACCCAGGUCCUCAGUGAUGAGGGAAACAUCCAGACCAACUCAGGCCUAGUGGUUUUAAUAUAAGGCCUUUCAAAAACAUAAAGACAAGAUUCUGUUCAGAAUUGGGCCAAAGUCACCUCUUUAUUUCAGCCCAUUCCGCCCAGUGAUGUUUGAAUUAUUCAAUUCCCUAAGCUCGCUAUCCAUCCAAAUCACUUUUUAGAGUUACUGCAAGGGUUUAAUGAGCAGAUGUGUAUGAGUAAAUAUUGCCCGUCUACCUCAGAUACACACUUCUGCUGAAGCGCUCCGUAAGACCGUAAGUCGCCACAGCGCAGUUCAAGUGUGACGUUAGAAUCUAGGUACUUUCCCAUGUGGUGAAAGGAAGGAAGGGCGAACAGUAGGACCUCCAGACCCAAAACGAAUUCACAGGUCAGACUAAAACGAGCGCCGCUGUAACAGCCUCACACUUGCACUUUGUAGCUCUCCUUGAAGCCACUUGAGUUUGCUAUGGUGCUAAGCUGACGUACUCACACAGAAGGUGGAGGGGGUCGGACCUCUCCUGCUGACCCCGCGUCCGUAAUUGUGCUAACCUGAUGAGACCUCAGCAGCAGAAGUACCUGUUUUUCUAACAUUUCCUCGUGCAGACCGUCCUCGCUGCCCGAGACCCCGGUGGUCACGGCCCCCAGUCUGACCGCAGCCCCGAGGGCUGGAGCGCGUGGGCCUCUCCGUCCCGGGGAAGCGCCUGCUGGGCCCUGUCACUGCUCUCACGCUUCCAUGUAACGUCAAAGGCAAGAGUUUUAUUUUUUCCAGCAUGAAAGCCAGGAUCAGUUAGUGACUGGAUCCUAUUAAGUUUUUUUUUAACAGAUGGAGUUACUGUGAAAUCAUUUUCACAACUGUUUAUGCUGGUGAAACACAUGCCGUUCGGCUGCAUAACGGCGUCCUCUUCAACAGUGGGACCUGUCACCUGUGCACAGUCUCACUAGAUACAGUUUUCAUGAAAAUAGAAAACACAGAUAGAAUAUAUAAUAUUGAAUUUAAGAUUUGGGGGGGUUAAGAAAAAGAAAACUUAACUUUAUAAAAUUAUUUAUUCUAUUUUAAGCCUUCUAUCAUAUUUUCCCAUCCACUUGUUUGGUUUCAGUGGUCCAGCUUUAUUUACAGGCAUAUAAAAUGAAAUUGUGAGAUGUUUUGCAAGCUUCUUAUUUUUACUUUGAGUAGCUUUUAAUUUGUGUGUUUUGUUUUAUGUGGAUGAAGAGCAUUUUCUGCUUUUGUGCAAUAGGGCUCCAACACGCAUCCAUAGACACACGUUUAAAUUGUGAUGUAGUAUCUUUCUGCUGAAUCGAAAGGGAAUGUGGGUGGACUUUGAGAACAUGCACCUCCAGCUGUCUGACUUUUCCUUCUCUGUAGCUGUUACUGUAAUAAUGCUUUACGGGGACUGUGCAGGGAGGGCCCAUGCAGGUGGCCCGGGACGCACCACCCCUUCCCCCACGGGGGUGAGGGCGCUACUUUCCCUGGGCCUGCGGCCUUGACGCCUCCCCGUGGCAUUUGAAGUCUUGGAAAUUCGUUAAUUUUUUUCCUCAAAGCCCCCAGGAUGGAUUUUGCAGUGAUUUUGAAAAGUGUCAUUGGAUUGAAUGUUCUAGGAAAGAGCCAGCUUCUACUUUGUACGUAAACGUCUGAUGUGCUCGCAGACUCUGAAAAUAAAUGUAGUGCAGACAGAGAAAUCACGAACAGUGCAGUUCGUCUGUUUCCUCAGGAAAUCAUUUCACUUCCCCACAUCACUCGUGAACUUCCAGUGCUAGACCAGUGUGUUUCUCUGCCUUGGCAUUUAACAAACUAAGUUGGGAUAAGCCGGUUAGAAACCUAUUCCAGCCCCAGAGCCUUCACCAUGACCUGUCCCUGCAGGGCCGACCGCUCUCCGCCAGCUCGUGAGUCACCUCGCCAAGAGCACACCUGAGGGACCAAAGCUUGAGCGUCCCCUAAAAUGUGUGUGGCAUUAGUGGAAAUGUCUAUUCCAACAACUUAAUUGGGCCUAAGAAGACUGUUCUUUCCCCGACGACGUGGUGUUUGGGGCAAGAGCUCGCCGCCAAGCCCGGGCGUCCGAGUGGCCACUUGGAAGCUGGGGAGGGUUAUGGAGGUGACACUACAGACACGUUUUUGACUGUUUAUUUUGAAAGUUUACAUUUUUUAUGCUUUGUGUUGGUGUGUAAUUUUUGUACUAUUGGUGGCUAGUUUUUGUCUAAAAUCUUUUUUGGAAUAUUGCUUAAAUGUUUUGAUUUUAUGAUAGUGAAGCUUGUAUUCAGUGUUUUGCCAAUUAAUAUUAUAUGCUUGUAAUAAAAGCAAAAGAAAAAGUUACCUAA